UCGGCAUGGGAGGCAGUAAAUCAGUACAGUACUUAACGGACAAGCAACCACCAAAAUUCCUGCAUUUCGUUUCAUCAUCAGCUACAAACUUCAGCAAGGGAAGAAAACAAGUAACGUACACAAUCCAACCUACUUUAGAUUCGUUUGACGGAUUGACAAACGUCUGGAAAGGGGUGAAAUGUCGUCUCAAAUUUGCUCCAUCGUCCCUCCGUACCUUCUUAGGAGUAUCGUUGAGAGCCAGGAGAUAGAAGAGAAUGACCGAGAGUGCGCCCUCCGCUCAUUGAACCACCGCGACCAGUUUGUGGCCAAACGAUGCAACCGGUUUGACGCGCUGAGCCAGCCUCGAGCAGCCCGUGAGCAUGCUGCCCCUGAGGCUUCCAGACAGCAGUCCAUCGUGCCUGAAGUCCUCCUGCGCCACAUUGCCGAAUCUGAGGAGGUGGAUGAGGAGACCAGGCAGCGUGCCAGAGCGGAGAUCGAGCACUCCCAACGCGUAAUAUCUCAGUACCAAGCAGCCGUUGCCCCGGAAGAGACCGGCGAGGGAGCACACUCCGCCGGACCCUCCGCCGCAAGGGCUAAGCCAAUGCCCUCCACGGGCUUUUACCGAGCCAUCUACGACGCCAAGAAUGACCCUGACGAAGAAGACCUCCCUGGCAAAGUCGUCCGUGUCGAAGGGCAGAAGGUUAUCAAGGACCAAACGGCCAACGACGCCUAUGACAACGUUGGCAGGGUCCUCGAGUUCUACCUCAAGCAAUUCAACUGGAAGAGCAUCGACAAUAAAAACAUGCAUGUCAUCAGCACGGUGCAUUUCGGAAAGAAGUACGAAAACGCCUUCUGGGACCCGACCCGGAUGCAGAUGGUAUUCGGAGAUGGAGACAAGUUCCUAUACCGAUUUGCGAGUUGCUUAGACGUCAUUGGACAUGAACUGACUCACGCUGUCACGGAGCACACGAGCCCGCUGGUGUACCAGGGACAGUCUGGUGCCCUCAAUGAGCACAUUUCGGAUGUCUUUGGCAUCAUGAUCAAGCAGAUGUUCGAGAAUGAGACGGCCGACGAGGCGGACUGGCUGAUCGGCGAAGGUUGUCUGCUGCCAGACGUCAAGGGCGUGGCUCUCCGAAGCAUGAAGGCUCCAGGCACCGCUUACAACGAUCCGCGGUUUGGCAAAGAUCCGCAGCCGGCUAGUAUGGUCGAGUACACGCCCACAACCGAGGACAACGGCGGCGUGCAUCUCUACAGCGGCAUUCCUAACCGGGCAUUCUACCUCGCUUCCGUGGCCUUCGGCGGCUACUCGUGGGAGAAGGCGGGCCAGAUCUGGUGGAAGACUAUGACCAGUGGUCGCGUGCCGGCACGAUGCACAUUCGUUCAGUUUGCUGAUGUGACCACCGAGGUUGCUGAGGAGCUGUUUGGCGAGGAGGCUGCUAACAUUGUACGCAACGCCUGGAAUGACGUGGGCGUGACGCGGAAGCAUUGAAAGACGCUGAGUUGCAGACCGUGUCCGUCGCCUUGCUAAACUGAGUGGCGGCCAGGGAGCACACCUAAGGUACAAGUACAGAAGAGUAUGGAAGCAGAUUGGCAACGUUGAGAUAAUGGAAGCGAUGAACGCUACAUCUUGUAAUUUCUCCUAUGGAUCACUCGAGCAAGGAAGGCUGCGCGAGUGUUGCUUGGGGCAAUCAUGCUGCUGAGAUGCAUGCCUAACUCGGGCACCACG